AUGUCUCAUUACGAUUGGCCCCUCUCACCAAUAUAUGAAUUUCCCCUCUCUUCCUCCUCCUCCUCCUCAUUCGAGCCGAUCUCUGAAAUACCAGAAUCCUACCAACUUACCUCCUUAUCAAUCAGCUUAUCAAUCUGCAAAGCCCGAUCUACUGUCCUUGCCCUCCUACGAAGGCAAGAUGAUGAACCUCAAGUGACGACUUCGCCUAAACAUCGAAUGAAAAGAGCCAAGGAUCUAAAGACGCUGAGAAGAGUCAUACCAGUUUUGACGAUUUUGUUGAUCAUCCUCACAUUCAGUUAUUUAGCUGUAAGACGAGAGCCUGGUGUUGAUUGGAGGAUGUAUGGGUAUGAGAAGAGGUAUGUAGUGGGUUUUGAGGGGUUAGGUGAUAUGGUACCUACUGGAUUAGUAGAGUGA